UGACGUCAGAGACUCGCGAGCGCUCCGGUUUGUAUAAACACGACGAGCAAACACCGAAAACUACUUCUUUUUUUUUUUAGAGGUUAUAUGUACACCCUGUUAAAAGAAAUAAAGACAUCAGGGAUUUACAAAAAGAAAAAGGAGAAGACAAAAAAAUAUAGAAGAAAAAGAAAAUAGCGCGUUGCCGUGACAACCGGCGCAACAGGGUUUGUUGUCAUUAGCAACCGGGCUAGCCGUUAGCCGUUACGUUGACUUGCACUUAGCUUAGCUUGAGACGCCAGGUAUCUUGGAAGGUGACAAUAAUAUCUAUAAUAUCUCCGCUUUAAAGUAUUUACUGCCGACACAAUGGACUCAAACUCGUUGUACUACUCUCUGGAACUCGUUGCCGGGACCGGAAGCACUUUAAGCGUCGAGCAUCGAGCCGCCCUGCAGACGUCUCUGGUGAUGCUGAAGAAAAACUACAAGUUCCAUCGGGUCUUGUUCUGGGGCAAAAUACUGGGGCUAAAAAGUGAUUAUUUCAUCGCUCAGGGGAGAGGAGAAGAUGAGAUGCAGGACAAAAAGACCCUCUAUAGCUUCAACUGCAUGGACUGGUCCCUGCUGCCUCCCGCCACCGACUCUAUGAUCGAGGAGGUGUCCAAGGCCGCGAAGGGUCGCUUCAUCGGAGACCCCUCUUUUGUGUACGAGCAUCUCGAGAACAAGCAAGAACAGCAGGAUGAUGCUGCAGAGAAUGAAGCAGCUACCAAAGUCAACGAGGAAAGCAGGCUGGCGGUGACAGUCCAUCAGAUCGAGGAGGAAGUGUCUGUGGUGCCGCGUGGCGCCUUUGUUAAAAGUCCUCUCGGCGUUGUCCAGAUCAACCGCAGCUUUGGGGGUCUGUCUCAAUCAGAAGCGAGGAAGCUUGACAGCUUCUUUCACUUCAGCAAAGCAAAGAAUCCGAAGAAAUCCAUCCUGGAAAUUGGUGAUUUCAACCAAGCAAUCGACUUCCUGGAUGUACUGAGCGAUGACAUUCCUAAAGGAUCAUGGAGUCUUCAGUUUGAAUGUGCCAGCAGCGUGUGUGUGGUCCGCAGCCUCUUGUGGCUCGGCCUAACCUUCUACCACGUGCCAAUGACGCCACAGCACGGAUACAUCUACAUCGGUGACGGGACCAAGAACCUGGACCUUCCCUUCAUGCUGUGAAGAGAGACAUCUUCCACCUAUUUCGAGCUGAGAAUUGUUGUUCAUAUUAACCCCUCAAAAUGUAUUCUAUGUUAACAUAUUUCCCGUCCCGUCUUCAAACAAAUAAACAAAAAAAAGAGUACAGUCACACGGUGUG